GAGAAUGGGAUACAGAGGGGAAAUGGUUAAUGCCAGCCUCCCAAAAACAUGGGCAGUUCGUUUUCAGCCGCAUUUAAAAUGUAUCGAGUGUGUGGGGAUUACCGUGAAGCGCUCAAGACAGAGAGGCUGGAGAUGGUCAGGAGAUUACUUUGGAGUGAGUCUAAAAAAAGCCUUCGAUCACAUUGCGUCAAUAGACUUUGCGCACAAUGCCAGUACUGCAUUGGAUACUUCUCCUUCUCUUGGGCCUGGCCUGUGGCACUCCAUCAAGGUCUACUCGGAGAAAAAGAGGACUACUGGAACUGGCUGGGGUCAUCAAAUGUAGCACCGGAAGAUCAGCUUUGGCCUAUAUGAUGUACGGCUGUUACUGUGGCCUUGGAGGGCAAGGAUGGCCCAGGGACAAGGCUGACUGGUGCUGUCAUAAACAUGACUGCUGCUACGGUGAUGCAGAGUUUGCAGGUUGCCAAACACACACCGACAAGUACCAGUGGACAUGUGAAGACAAGGAAGCCGAUUGUGAUUCUCUGAAGGACAAAUGUGAGAAAAUGCUCUGCCGGUGUGACAGGGAAGCAGCUAAGUGUCUGAGGAAAGCGCCUUUCAUUCAGAAAUAUGCUUUUUGGCCUGAUUUUCUCUGUGGAUGUGUUCACCCAACCUGUAAUUUCUACUGAUCUAUCAGUGAAGUCUCUCCAGCAUGCAACAUUCUAUAAUAGUGCGGAAGUCAAGUUUUUAUUAUGUCUCUUUUCUAUAACCACAGCUACUCUUUUUGUACUGUUUACUAUAUUUUGUGAUUUCUUUGUUCAAUAAGUAGUACUGUACAACCCUUUGUGGGAAUUAAAGAAUCAUGACA